GCAACACUACCACUCUAUCGGGCAUAUCAAUAUUAUUUCCCCCUUCCAUCCCGCGCUCCGUACAUUAGGAUUAGGGUACAGGGCUGACAGUAACUUGCAGACUUGCAGAUGACAGCAACCCAAAGGCCAAGGGGUGCCGUGGGCCAGGUUGUCUUCGGGGUCCUCACCACGCGCCCGUACCCUUGUACGUACAUCAUCCGCUGCUACGUGCUAUUUGGACCCAUUUAACGCCCGUCGAACCCGGCCAUUGAUGAUCGUUUUGUCAGAACUAAAUGUGAGGCUUUGCUUUCGGCUCAUAUAUGAGAAGUCCGCUCAUCGACCCUACCGUUCAUCGACCGUGCUUAUGGUGCAUUCUGGGCGCAUUUCUUAAAACAUAAUCCUCUCCGUCGGGCACGAACGAUAAUUCAUUUAUCUUAUAGGCUUAUACCGGCAAGUUUAACGGCGAUCUUUACACAAUUUCACUAAUUUCUUGCUUAAGUAACCCCCCACCCGACGCUCUCAUGGUGAUGAGUCGGGAUGAGGAGAGGGCCGGAAGCCUCAGUCGGCAAGGGUCCACGGUUUCGUCGCCCGACGGCUCGGAGCCCAAGGCCGCCAAUCGGUCUAAGGCAAAUAUACGCGUAUCGCUCGCCUGCGUUCAAUGCCGAAGCAAGCACGUCAAAUGCGAUGCCACGCUACCGGCUUGUAACCGUUGCCAACAAGAAGACAAGCCGUGCUUUUAUGCAAAGUCGAGACGAGGCAUCCGGGACCCCAAAAAGAGAAGUCUUAUAUCUGAUAAGCCACCGGCGACUUCGGCAGGAAACUUCUUCUCAACGUCGAAUUUUUCUUCAGGCCUGCCGUCGGUUCGAUCCCCUCGUGAGUUGCCGAGCGGUUGGUCCGUCAGUUCGGAAUCGCAGGCGUCCACCUCGCCUCAAAACGAAAAGGAGUUAUUGCUCGACUUAUUCUACAGCCACUUUCACCCAAGCUACCCUUGUCUCCCCCCUAAAAGGUUUUUCUUUAAUCACGUCGAAUCCGAUCCAGACGCCUAUCACUUCUUGCUCUUGGUCCUAAAUUUCUGCGGAUCGCUUUACACAAAUCAAGUCUCCUCCGAUGACUUAUUAGAAGCCGCUUGUUCCGCAGCAUGUGGGUCACUACCUUUUACGGUGCAGUCGGUGCAGGGGCUGCUCAUCCUGAGUAUUGCUGCUUACGGGAUGAUGAAAUUCGAACACCACGCCGGUUGGGCUAAUAGGGCGGUCACAAUAGCCGUUGAUAUUGGCAUGAACCAUAAGACAUUUGCCGACGCAGCAUCUGAUUCGGUGCUUGCCGAAAGCUAUCGAAGAACGUGGUGGUGCUUGACCUUCCAGGAUUCCGAACGGGCUCUAUGCGAUGUCGGCUCUACGCUUUCUAUUGCAGAUGUGGAGUCCGAUGUGGAUUUGCCAUGUGAAGAAUGGGAAUAUGAAUCAGGGAUUAUACCUCAGCCUAUCUCCCAAUCGCAAUACGAGUCACGAGUCAGCUUGGGUCAAUCCGACUUUUCUUCAAUGGCUUAUCUCAUUGAUAUCUGUAAGAUUCAGACAGAUUUAGUCCUGCCACAUAACGAAGCGCCAGAAGACAAAAAGCCAGAGAUAUUCCAGCGUGCAGACUCUCGGAUAUGCGAUUGGUUACGGCGUGUUCCGAAGUGGAAGAUGAAUUUGGUCGAUCCAGAUGGUGUAGUUGACGUAAUACUCUACCAUGGCGUUGCCAUGGCACAUGUUAACCGACUUUGGCUCAGACAAGCCUCCCCUAGAACUGGUCUCAACAUACGAGAUUAUUUUCCACUAGGUCCUGCCAAGGGUCCCGAUCGUAAGGGGCAAAUAGUGAAAGGCUUCGGCUGGAAUCCUCACCCGAUUGAUAUCCAAGCCGCUAAUCAUUAUUGCGAUCUAUUUCGGCAUUCUUUCCCUACGAAGUGUCUGCGUUCAGUAUUCGCGAUAGGGACACUGCGGGUGGCUUUAGCUUACCUCGAUGCAUGUGUAUUCCUCGGAUUAGACUCCCCCGUCUUUCGAGAACGAAUUAACAUGCUCGUACAAAUACUCACAACACAUGGGGAGACGUGGCCCCUCUCCAGGAAAAUCGCGGAUGACGUUAAGACCGUCGCGAAGGAAUACCUAACCCCGAGAAUAAGUCAGAGCUGGCGACCGGGGAUUACAGAAUCAGAAGCAUGGGCUGCGGUAUCGAGCGCCCUCUUGAGCGAGGCACCUCUAGUUGCUAACUAUGGGUUUGAGCCAUAUCACCAGCCUUACCCGGUUGAGGGUUGGGCUUUAAACGAAAACUGGCCCAGCCUUACGGAUAUAUAUCAAGCCUAAAUGAUAAUACCUACCUCUCAAAGAUCAGGGUGAGAUGACGAUACGUGGUUUUCUUCUUCUUUUCUCCUGCCUACCUUUAACUAGAUGGCAUGGCACGGCACCGGAACUUGGAAAUUUGGCGAUGGAAAAAAUGAUGGUUCAGGAGUUACGACCGGGGGAGAGAGGCUCAACCCGACCCAAACGGAUAUGUUGGGUCAAGGCUUAAAUACCUAUAUAUAUGCAUCCUGUGGGAAUCAGGAAAGACUAUGGGAUCAGAGCAAGAAGUGUAGGCUUUUACGAAGAUUUCCCAUAUCCCAAAAGUAACGACAAAUUAUAAUGACACACUGGCCGGCGUUGGUCGUGUUAUACCUCCAGUAAGCCAUUCACCCCUAUUUUAGUAUCCCCCAAACUGGCAUAAAACAGCAAACCCAUUAUUUUCGGUAUCAAUACAUUGAGAUUUCCUAAGGAAAAUAGAUUGGCUCUAUAUUAUUUGAUUGGCCAAUC